AUGGCCCCGCGCGCCCGGCGGCGCCGCCAGCUGCCCGAGCUGCUGCUGGCCCUCUGCGUGCUGCUCGUCCCGCUGCAGGUGACCCUCCAGGUCACUCCUCCGUGCACCCAGGAGAGGCAUUACGAGCACCUUGGACGGUGUUGCAGCAGAUGUGAACCAGGAAAGUACCUGUCUUCUAAAUGCACUCCUACCUCCGACAGUGUGUGUCUGCCCUGUGGCCCAGAUGAGUACCUGGAUACCUGGAAUGAAGAAGAUAAAUGCUUGCUGCAUAAAGUCUGCGAUGCAGGCAAGGCCCUGGUAGCGGUGGAUCCUGGCAACCACACGGCCCCACGUCGCUGUGCCUGCACGGCCGGCUACCACUGGAACGCAGACUGCGAGUGCUGCCGCCGGAACACGGAGUGCGCACCCGGCUUCGGAGCUCAGCAUCCCUUGCAGCUCAACGUGGACACGGUGUGCACGCCCUGCCUCCUGGGCUUCUUCUCAGAUGUCUCUUCGUCCACAGACACAUGCAAACCAUGGACCAACUGCACCUUCCUUGGAAAGAUAGAAGCACACCAAGGGACGACGGAAUCAGAUGUGGUCUGCAGCUCUUCCCUGACACUGAGAAGACCACCCAAGGAAGCCCAGGCUUACUUGCCCAGUCUCAUCAUUCUGCUCCUCUUCAUCUCGGUGGUUGUAGUGGCUGCCAUUGUCUUCGGUGUUUACUACAGGAAGGGAGGGAAAGCACUGACAGCUAAUUUGUGGAAUUGGGUCAAUGAUGCUUGCAGUAGUCUAAGUGGAAAUAAGGAAUCCUCAGGGGACCGUUGUGUUGGUUCCCACUCGGCAACCUCCAGUCAGCAAGAAGUGUGUGAAGGUAUCUUACUAAUGACUCGGGAGGAGAAGACGGUCCCAGGAGACUGCGCUGGAGUCUGUGGGCCUGUGUGUGUGGCAGGUGGGCCCUGGUCCGAAGGCAGAGAUGCCAGGACGUUCAUGUUGGUCAGUGAGGUUGAAAUGCAGGGGGACCUCUCAAAGAAGGUUCCCACAGAGGAUGAGUACAUGGACCGGCCCUCCCAGACUCCGAAUGGUUCACUGUUCCUAAUCCAGCCUGGAAGCAAAUCUACACCCCUGUUCCAGGAGCCCCUGGAAGUCGGGGAAAACGACAGUCUAAGCCAGUGUUUCACGGGGACUGAAAGCAUGGUGGAUUCUGAAGGCUGCGACUUCACUGAGCCGCUGAGCAGGACUGAUUGUAUGCCUGUGUCCCCUGAAAAGCACCUGACAAAAGAAAUAGAGGGUGACAGUUGCCUACCCUGGGUGGCCAGCUCCAACUCAACAGAUGGCCACACAGGCAGUGGGAACACUCCUGGGGAGGACCAUGAACCCCUUCCAGGGUCCCUGAAAUGUGGACCAUUGCCCCAGUGUGCCUACAGCAUGGGCCUUCCCAGUGAAGCAGCAGCCAGCCUGGCAGAGGCAGGAGUGCGGCCCCAGGACAGGGCUGAUGCAAAGCUCCCGAGCUCAGAGAGGGGAGCCUCCGGGUCUGGGAACUCCCCCAGUGACCAGCCACCUGCCUCUGGGAACGUGACGGGAAACAGUAACUCCACGUUCAUCUCCAGCGGGCAGGUGAUGAACUUCAAGGGUGACAUCAUCGUGGUGUAUGUCAGCCAGACCUCGCAGGAGGGCUCAGGGCCCGCAGAGCCGGAGCCGGAGCCCAUGGGCCGCCCGGUGCAAGAGGAGACCCUGGCACGAAGAGACUCCUUUGCGGGCACCGCGCCGCGCUUCCCCGACGCCUGCACCACUGGGGCUGGGCUGCAGGAGCAGGAGGCAUCUCGGCCGAAGGACGGGGCAUCACGGCCGGUGCAGGAGCAGGGGGUCUGAACAAUGUACAGAGUGACCGCACCUUCUCUGCCUGCCCUGGGCGCAGGGCACCAGUGGCUUUCCAAAACCGUGUCGUGGCUAGCCACUGCGCACCUCCUCACAAGUGCAGGCUGCUGGCACGGUGGUGGGUGGAGCCCAGCUCUCACUUCCUCCAGUGCCCCUCCCCUCUGCCUCCUCCCACCUGGCAUCAUUCAGUUUGGCCUUUUUUGCAACGUUGGUGUCCUGCAUUAUUGAGAUCUAUAUCACCCACCCUCAUAUUUAUUAUUCACUUGCUUCUGUAGUGUUUUCUGAUACUUUCCUUUCUCUCAGAGAGAGAGAGAGAGAGAGAGAGAGAG